CCUGAUGCUCUCAGUGCUGGAGCUGAGCUGGUCCCUGAGUGAUGAAGAAAAGAAGAUCAUCUUGGAUGAGCAUAAUAAAUAUCGCUCCCAGGUCUCUCCUCCUGCCAAGGCUAUGAUGAAGAUGACCUGGGACAAGGAGCUGGAGGCCCUUGCUCAAUCCUAUGCAGAGAAGUGCAUCUGGGACCACAACAAGGAGAGGGGCCGACGGGGAGAAAACCUCUUUGCUAUGGCCCCAACCCUGGAACUAGAAUUCGCCGUUGAAGACUGGAACGGGGAGGAGAAAUUCUACAACUUUACGACAUCCACAUGUGUCCCCGGGCAGAUGUGUGGCCACUACACCCAGGUGGUCUGGUCAAACACACAUCAGAUCGGCUGCGGGGCACAUUUUUGUGAGAAGAUCGAGGGAAUCGAAACAGAGAACAUGCACCUGCUUGUUUGCAACUAUUAUCCCCCGGGUAACAUGAAAGGGAAAAAGCCCUACAUGGAAGGACCCUCGUGUGAAAGGUGUCCCACGGGCACAGUCUGUGAGAACAACCUGUGUGAACUCGUUGUAGAAGAGACCACUCCGGCCUCUGUGACAACAAAGGCAAGGCCAUCCACCCCAGCCACAGCCAAACCAGAGCCCACAGCCAAACCAGAGCCCACAGCUAAACCAGAACCCACAGCUAAACCAGAGCCCACAGCCAAACCAGAGCCCACAGCUAAACCAGAGCCCACAGCCUCAGCCAAACCAGAGCCCACAGCCAAACCAGAGCCCACAGCACCAGUUCAGACCACAGAGGAACCAGAACCCACACCAGUGUCCACCACAGCUGAAUCAGAACCCACACCAUUACACACCACAGCAAAACCUGACCCCACAGAAGCAUCCACCACAGCCAAACCAGAACACACAAAACCAGUGUCUGCCACAGCCAAGCCAAAACCUACAACCACGCUUCCACCCACAGUGACAGUCCCAGCCACAGCCAAGCCCAAACCCCCAGCACAGGCACCCUUCAGCACAGCCAAGCCAAAACCUGCCAGCACGCUCCCAGCAACAGCCCCAGCCAGGCCUAAACCCACGAGACCAGCAGCCACCACAGCCAUGGCCAAGCCAAAACCCACCGUGCCAGCAGCCACCAGCACUGCAGCCCAGCCAAAGCCCACCACAACUGUGGCCAAACCAACACCCACCACACCAAAACCCACCCUAACAACCACUGCCACUAAGCCAACAACCACCACCAGGACAACAGCCGUCUCCCUGAAACCCAACACAACAAACACUGCCACCAAACCGACAGCCUCCACAACCACCACCAAACCAACACCCACCACACCAAACCCCACCACCAAACCAACAACCUCCAUAACCACCACCACCACCAAACUAACACCCACCACCAAACCAACAACCUCCAUAACCACCACCACCACCAAACUAACACCCACCACCACCACCACCAAACCAACACCCACCACCAAACCAACAACCUCCAUAACCACCACCACCACCAUCAAACCAACACCUACCACAACCACCAAACCAACACCCACCACCACCAAACCAACACCCACCACCACCAAACCAACACCCACCACCACCAAACCAACACCCACCACACCAAGCCCCACCACAACCACCCCUACAGCCAAGCCAAAACCAACCACAACUAUGGUCAAGCCAACAGCCACCACACCAAAACCCACCCCAACUGUAGCUAGGACAAAACUUGCUACAGCCACAGCCAAACCAACACCCACCACACCAACAUCUACCACCACUACAGCCAAGCCAACACCGGCUGCUACCAUGCUAGCACCGGCCACAACAGCAAAGACACAACUGAAAACUGCCACAGCCACAAAGCCAGAACCAGAAAGACCUGAUCCUACUGAGGGAACCUGGAUCACUCUUUCCUUUGAGCCCUUCUUAGACCAAGAUUAUGAAGUAUCUCCAGAGGCAGACACUGGAGAGCCUUUUAGCUCCUUCACUACAGAGGAUCCAGCCUUAUUAGAAAGCAUUGGCACAGCCUUCAGCCCCAGAUCAGUCCCAGAAAGAAAGAAAGGUGUCAAAGAGGAUGAGAAAGAGGAAUCAGCCUUUUCUAGUCCAUCUCCAUCCCUCAGCCAAGCUGUUCCAGAGAUGAAGUUAGCUUUCAAUAGACCUGAGCUCAUAACCCCCUCCAAGUCAGUGGUCCUCAGCCCUGAAGAGCCCACGUUCUUGCGCUUAACAUCAUCCUCCAAAGACAAAAAAGUGCCAAGCCCCCAUUUCCAGACCUCCCUCUCAGGUGCCCUGGACACAGAAGAACUGGAGACAAACUCGGACCAGACAAGUGUGGAUCCACCCAAAGGUGGAGCCCCCAGGACCUGCUUGGGGCUUUCGCUCUUCCUCCUCCCCAGCGCCAUCCUGCUGGGCCUUCUGCUCUGAGGGGUUUUCCUCAGCUGCCCCUGCACCCCUCAGCAAGGCUUUUGUCAGUGCUGGUUGUUGCACAGCCCUGGUAGGCUCAGGACACUCCUUGGACAAUUCACACGCUCCCUCCUUACGCUGCCUUCUCUGCCGCAGAGCCAAGGGCAGCCGGCAGUCCCGGGGAACUUUGUCCCCUUCCUGAGGAGACCUGAGGGCAGGAGUUUGCCAUAACCUUGGACGCUUCUCCUUUUUCCUGGCUUCUGUUCCAUUUCCAGGCUGGAAGUGUUGAGCUCUCCCACCCACCUGCCCGUGUGGCUGGCAGGCCCCGCCACAGCGUGACCCCGGGGACAGCAGGGUGACGUGGGGACAAGGAGACAUUGGUGGCUUUGGUGUUUGUAAAUGAGACAUGGUGGUUGGCUUUGGUGUUUUUUUUCAGCAAAAAUGCUCUUUUCCUUCCCAGUGUGUUCAUCUCAAUUUUGGACAAGUUUUACCUCUUUCCCUUCUUGUCCAAAAAAAAAAAAAAGUGGCUUUUUUGAGGAUUUCUGUUUCUUCCUGGUCCUGGUGUAGCUCUGGCCAGUACUCCCCAGCUGUUCCCCCCUCUCCUCCUCCCACUCUGCAUCCUUUGCCUCCUCCAAUGCCAAAGAUUUAUUUUACGCGUGUGCCUGCACCUGUGUGCACGCACAGAAGAGAAACCUUCAGAGCUGAGAGAGGCCACCAGCUCCUUCAUGUAGCUUUUCCCUGCAUGGCUCCAUUCUUUGCAUCCCUUCAGUGUAUUUGAAUUUAGAGACAGAUUCCUCUUGGCGUGUAACUUGUGUGUUGGGGGUCAAGGAGAACAAGUCCCCAGGUGUGUUGGUACAGUCAGAGCCCCAGAGAUACGAGUGACAUUCUCAGAAGUUAUUGGUGGCUCCUGGGCUUGUUGCAGGACCACUGGCAUUGUCUGGGCCACUGUGUUCUGUUACCCCCUGUCCCUCCUCCCUUCACCUGAGGAUGCCCAGUCAGGUGUGUUAAAUAUGUGACAAGUUUUGCAGACAGGUGGGAGGGAGGUUAACGGGGAGAUACAGCUCCUUCUCUGUCAUUGCGACCUCUCAUUUCUUACAGAUGAGGUGGAGGAUGAUCUGAAGGCCAUUAUUCAGAUCCUCCACUGCUGCUCUGUCCUGUGCAUCCCCAGAGCAUGCACUGAAUAAAUCCUGUUGUAAAA